UGUCAUUCUGAGCAAAACAAAGCACAUGUCAGAAGAAGUCUUAGUUAUAAAAUCAGCAUUUAAGCGAUACAGGAGAACAGCUUGGAAAUGAGUAUGAAAGUUGCCGGUUCCAUUCGAAGACAGUAGACUCAAUAAAAAUGUGUAAAAGAGAACAUCUUUAUUGUCAAUUCUGCUCAAUUAAAAUACAGUAUAUUUGAGCACAGGGAGCAGGAGAGAAGGAAACAGAUGUUGAUCCAUCUCCGUAGUGUUUUUCUUAUUGAUACUCAUUUAGCCUUCUGUUUGUUUUUUUUUCUUUCUGCAAAGUAUUAUUAUCAUUACAGCAAGCUGUUGCACCAAAGUUUGGUUUAUCUGCAUUCCCAUGAGGUCAUACGAGAUGACGCACUGCUUCCUAAUUGCUGUUUCUGGCACAACAUACUUAUUAAUAUUCUGCAGUGUGUGUGAUACGUCAUUAUUUUUCAAAUCUUGUCGUUUGUGCAUGUUUGAGAUUAGAGAAAACAAAACCUGUGAAGUUUCUCCUUGCAUGUGUGAUGCAACCUGAUAGGCCAAGUCUUGGCAGAAGCAGUUCUGGCAAGUAAACAAAAGCGGUGGAUUGUGUGGCAGCUGCUUAUCUGAAUGUCUCACAGCAGCAGACUGGGAGUGAUUAUACACAUUUUAGCUGAAAGACUAUUGGUUACCUAGAGUGUGUUCCAGUAUCCAUACUACCAUGCUGUAUGGCAUGCCUGAAAAAGACUUGAUGUGUCCUAAUACACUGUUGUCAAAUGUAGUAUGCCAAAAAGUACCUGGAUGUCCUACUACGACCAGUCCAAUUUUGAAGUAUGGCCAUUCUGACCCACAAUCCUUAGCGUAGUUUUGUCGCAAAUGCCACAGUGUCUCGACUGAGUAUAAACAAGCUUAAGCUACAGAGAGCAUACAGAUAGAUGACAGCUUGUUUCACUACAGACUACGAUGAUCAAAGUUAAAGACGCAUGAUUAUGACACGAAUUAUCCAUCGGUGGAGACAUUGAGGGGUAGAUUUGGUUUUGAAGUUGACCCAUGUGACUUUUGUCACAAAGAUCCAGAACAAAACAGAACAUUUAUUCUUCUCCUGUCCAGUGAGUAGGAAAUUCUGGCAAGAUGUACAUACCUGGUUAUGUUACAAACUUAGUGAAGUUGAUCAGUUUACAAUCCAGAAUAUUCUGUUGUACAAAUUUACAACUUACAAGGGAAACUUCACUUCUAAUCAACAUUCCUUUUGGUAAAUACCACAUCCAUAAAAAUAAAUGGCAAAAACAACUGUCAAACUUAAGCUGUUUUAGAAAUAAAUUCAAAGUGUUUUCAUCCUCCUUGAAUCUUUUUUAAAAAAUCCAAGAAGACUGUAGAAAACAUUUGCCAUGCUGCUGAAAUGUUCUUGAUCUAUUCAUACAUUUUAGUUUUUAAUGCCUUAAAAUUUGAUGUUUGCACGUAAUUAUCAAUGAAAUUGUAAUCAGAUUGAUUUAAAAAAAUAUUAUAACAAAUUGCAUUUUCCAAUUGCAUUUGUACUGCAUGAAACAGCAUGGACUUUGUAAAAAUAUGCAACUUUAUUAACCUGGAUAGAACUCUUUCUGGCUUUGUUCAGCUUGGAGGCCAUUUAGUCGGUUGGGGUAAUGGCAGUAGGAGGUAUAUUCAUACUUUUACAGAUUUUAUUUUACACCUCCAAGUUUUUACACACGCAAAACACAAUAAAAACGGGUUUUCCAAAUGCAUCAUAUGGGUCCUUUAAAAUGUUAACAUUCCCCAUAAGAAACACUGUCUGGAGUGGAUUCUGUUUAAAGUUAGCCUCUUUAACUUGCCAGCUCUAUCAACUCUAUGCUGCUAAACAACUCUCAUGCACAUUCAUCACGUCUCAUCUGUUUGCUUUUUGUGUGUGCUGGCAAACUGGGACAUGAGCUGCAGUUUAUUCCGAGCAUGUGAACUUCAGGGGAAACGAGCUAAACAUGUUUUAGCACUGAGCCCAACUUCCAACUUCCCCUGCGGUCUGAACAGCUCGUUGCGUCGCACAGUCAGUCAUAACCGCUAAAACUGGCUCUAACGCGUCGGUGGUAGGAACAUUUGACGGUGGCAGUUUUUGUUUUCAGAUACCAGGUAUUGUUUUUUUUUUCCACGGCUAGAAGUUGAAGCCAGCAGGAUAUGCGAGCGGCAGGAACAAACUAGCCUCUCCGCAGCUCCAACUACAGCCUCCACAGCAGCACCACAGUUUGGUGUACACUUUCAAGAUGGAUGCUUUCGCCUCGAUAGGUUUCUGUUUCUUUUUCGAAACGGACGAUACGUGUGGCGUUACCCGACCCGAAGAAACGUGUCAGGCACCGAAGGGCUUUAACAACUAACCCGCCGUGUGACUUGUGUGCCGAUAAAAAGUGGAUUUACGUGGAUUUAUUCGCCGCUACGUGUCUGGACUGUCGGCUAUUUUCUAACUUCCUGGUUGUCGCAUUAAUACUGAAUGUGUGUUGAAAAACUGCGGCGACAGCUCCAGUGACUUUGGGAGAUUCAGUGAAUUCAGCAUACAUGGGAUUUUUAAAUUCAGCUGUGAUGUUUAAAACCAGAGACAGCAGUUUUCAACGACGGCCGAAGGGACAACGACAGAUUUCAUAAGCAAUGGAAAGUGGAAAUGGUGGUGCCUCGAGUAAAGGUGUUUUAAUACCUGUGCCGGACUCUUCUGACGUCUUUCAAAACAGUAUUUUGGCUCCUCUUCAAAGUGCGUACUUGUAUGAAGAGUCAAAGCAGUUUUUUAGAUAUAAAUCUGCUGUUUUGGUGAAAAACCCCGAACUGGAACAAAAGUAUAACGCCCUCCGAGAAAAGAGGAGAGAAACGGGAUCUUCAGAAGAGGAUCUGAAAGAAUCUUAUGGGUUUUUGCUGUUCGACGAUGUCACCAAGGCCAAUGCACUUGGAGAAACCGGCGUGCUCGCUGGAAACAGCACAUGCACAACUCUGGGAGAUCCUUCGAAGGGUGUUUACAUAUCGAUGUACUCUGACUGUUUGGAUCUAAAUCGCUGGUAUCAUGGGAAAUCUGGAUACAUCGUAAUCAUCAAGCUGACAAAGGGUAAAGUUAAAAAGGUUUUAGAGAACUACACACAGAAUUUCACUGCACCCACUGUGGGGUAUGACUGCCACGUGUCCGAACAGUUGCCUUCAGUAUCUGCCCAAACCAGCUCCUUUCUUGCCUUUGAGAGAACCCAGUAUUACAUGUAUGAGCUGCUCGAUGAUGGAAGCAAUAGAACAGCCCAGUCUCCCAGUGCUGCCUGUCCAUUUGCCAUCGUAUCAUUUUCAUACACGGAUACCAAAGCGACACCUGUGGCACCGCAGGAGAAAAGUGAGAUGACAAAACUGGUUUGUCAUUUCUUGCCUUGGAGGGGACAGCUUCAAAUAGGCAGCCAGUUGUACAGUGUUGGGCUGAGGUCUGCAGCAGGGGCCCUAAUCCCUGCACAACUACCACCACUGGUGAAGGUUGAGAAAGUCAUUUCCAUGUCGGAUCUGCGAAAGCUGUUGCCAAAGGCUGUUUUUGAAACGUGCAUCACCGGUGAAGCUUUUCUGGAUGGCUUAUACUGCAGUUUAUGUGAGUUAGUUCUUUCUGAAGCGGAAGAAACCAGCUCACUCGCUCAGCUUCUGUGGGAGAUCAAGGAGAAAGAUCUUGCUCUCACUGUUCCACUGAAUGAUGGAGGAUUUCUUAUCCUGUUGCACUACUCCCAUUUCCUCACAUAUGAUGAUACUGGGUCCGGUGCGACUGAUGUCCUGCACGGCAUUUUUGUGUUUCCCGACUCUCGAGCUAUAAUGAGAGCCACAAAAUCUGGACCGAGAAACCCUGCCUUGUCGUCUGAAAUCCUUCGAGUUCUGCCAGUACUAAGCUACGCAGAGGGUGAACUUGAGAAAACACCCAUCGACUCAAGUGAAGACCUCUGUGAAGUAUUGGUGCAGCAUAUGCAGAGUUACGCAGCACUGAUAAAUCCUGGUCUGGCAUUCAGCCCCUCUAGGGAAGUCAGCAUCUUUCCAGAUCAGUACGAUGUGCCGGAUGCCCACAAACACCUCUAUUCAACCCCCGAGUGGACUGACAGGUCAUGGCAGAGCUUGGGGUUAUACCUGAGUAAACAAGCCUCUUUUCAACUGCCAGUGUCCAAGGCUUCAGAAAUCCUGGCAACUGGACAAGAGGAGCGAAGAGAAGACCUGGAUGAUGAUGUCUAUAUCUGUGUCUCAUCUCCUGAGGAGGCCCCAGCCAGUCCUGUUAGCAAGGGGCGAGAGGACCAGUUACCAGAGCAGAAAUCUCCUGUAAAUGUUGAGAUAUCCGCGGACAGUGGUGUAUCAAGUGCUGAAGCUCAAGUUGACUUACCAGCUGUGCCUCAAAACGUUGCACCAGACAAUUUGCAAGCUGGAGAUGCUACCAAAGACAAUGAAAAAUGCAAUGACCUCCCUGUACUGAAUACAACUGAUGUUAUGGGGGUUGAAAAUCUCCUCACUCCUCCUGCGUCAGAUGACCUUCCUGCGGAGCUGAUUGUGAGCAUCACUUCAGCAGAGCGAAGUGUCACUGAUAAGACUCUAGGUGUAGUCAGUACUGUGUCACCAACAAAACAUAGUGACUUUCCAUUUCCUGGUCUUUUACACACAUCAGAAACGAACUCUGUCAGUGAUGAGACCGACAAAACUGUUGUGCAUUGCCCUGAGGACGGCAAUCCUACACAAACAAAACUGAGGAAACUGCGGAGUGGACUUUCCAGAGGACCAGAAACGGUGUCUAAGAGUUGUGUUGAGAAUCCCAGUUUACAGACACCAGGAGAGAAAGACGAUUCAAACAGUCAGAGGGAUGAACACGCCAAGGAGUCAUCUGAGCACACACAGUUGAGUAGUGCUCCAUAUAUUGAUUGGAGAAAAUUACCACGGAAGCGCAAAUUUGGAAGAUACUCAUCAAAACAUAAAAAAGUGAGAUCUGCUACCGUUGGUUUAGCAACAGCAGAGGAGACAAAAUCAAACCUUGGACAUCCAGCCAAGGAAAGCAACAUUUUAAAGGAAAUUGAGGGUUUUCCUUUGAGAAAGAAAACAGAGCGCUGGGACCUAAAGGCAGUUGUCAGCGAAUGUGGAAGAGUCUUGGUCCCUUUUGGCUCCGUGGAUGCCUAUAAGAUUAAGUCUUUGAAGGAUAACCUCCAGUCUACAAAAGAUGAACAGUGUCCUGAGAAAAUGUUGCUUGAUGCCCCAGUGAAUGCUGUUGACACAAGUGAAACGGAGCAAACGUCUAGCACUGCUCCAGAGACCGCAGUGGAUGAAACAGAGACCACAAAAUCCACUGAUGAUGGGAACAGUGUACAAAAUGACACUGUCCAUCAUACUAAUCCUGAACAGAGCAACUUGAGACAGUCAGAUGGUGGCGAUCCUUCAGUGCCUUUGAGUCCAGAGACAAAGGUGCAUUCUUCAGAGAAGGAUGACACAGUUACUUCGACUUCACAAGCAGGGCAGGAAAAACGCACGUUGUCCCAGGGAAGGAGUCCAGCGAAGGGGGAAUUUCUGUUUAGUAAGCUAAAAUCAGUCAUUUUAAGAGGAAAGAGGAAAACAAAUCUUCCUGUGACGGACGACACUACUGCAAAUACUUCCCAGGACAGCGAGCCUUGUCUCAAGAAGGGCAAAGUGGACUCCAACAUCGAGGCCUUGAAUAAUGAAGUGACCCAGAGCACCAAUGUAGGUGUCGAGAUAGUUUCAAAGAUGCUGUCGGUUGACCCUCUUUUUGCAUAUGCCUUAGGGCUGACUCCCAAAGGUACACCUGAUAAGGUACAGAAAACUGAGAACCAGGAUACACAGCAAAGGAAAGACUCAGCAGUGGUAAAAGAACCAACCUCUUCAGACAAGCAACCUCAAAUCAUGCACAGGCCUCCAUCAAUUUUCCCAAGAGGAUCACGGAUUAAAACACUUAAAAAGCAUCAAGGCAUCUCUGCAGAAUAUAUUAAAAAGAAAUGGUGGUUACAUUUUCAAACGCCAGCUUGUUUUGCCAGUGAAAAACACAAUAACAAAGACUGUACUAAAGAUAACUCUGUCAGGAAGACUGUUAAGGAAAAAGUGAACAGUGCUUGUUCAUCUACAGAUGCUUUGACCUUACUUGCUGACUUGGCACUCAGUGCCAGUAAUGGCCAGGUUCCUCCAGGACCAAAUCCAGCACUUGAGAGAAAACUUGACUCAAGUUUGAAGAUGUCUGACCUUAAAAAAGAGCUUUCCAGUUCUGAACAGGAGUCAGUCCUUCAUGCUCUGCUUAGGCAGCCUGCUGCUAGAUCCAUUCAGGCUCUUGAGUCUCCUUCACCAAGCCAUCUUGUGGGAGACAGUGAAUUGGUUGGUUUGAUAUCUAAAGAACAUGGUUACUCAUUGCCCCCAUCUUCCUCUCUACUGUUGGGUUUGCCAGGUACACCCUUCCAGCAGGUAUCCCCUGUAAGUGAGUCUACCAGACUGCUGCACCAUCACCAGACAAUGUGUGGCGAUGGAACUAAAACACUACACCCCUUUGUUGGUCACGAAGACAGAAGUAAACACAACAGGACUCCAGAAUACCUGAAAAAAUACAUGACUCCCAGGCGAAAGUUCAGAUACUCCCGUACCUUUGAUAACAAGGAAGCAUCUGUCCGAGUCACAAGACAAUGGAAAGAAAACUAUGACUUUAGUCUAGACAGCAAGUUUACAAGUGACUCAAAGGACAAAGCUAUCAUCCGAGCAUUGCAUGGGCCAUGGGAUUUCUCCAUCCAAGACACAAGUGAAGAAGUGCGGCUCAUCGUCCACAUGUGGAUAGGUUUGUUUUACAGCCGAUCAACAGCCAGGUUCUUUCAUGUUGACUCGAACUUUACAUAUCCAUGUUCAGAAGACAGUGAUUCUUUGGAUAUCCCCAGUGGUAUGACAUCAAGCCCAGCUAAGCCUGAACUUGAAGCCAAUUCAUCUGCUGCUUCUCCAACUGUAACAGACACUUCAGACCCUUUGAUUUCAACAGCUUUGGACCUCAGCAAAAAGCCCAACGCUGUCUUGGACCAAGAACCUGUGAUCUUGGAUUUGUCACUGAGAAAUGCCAAUGCAAAAGCUGUCCCCGCAGAUUCACAAGUCAACCAAAAAGCAACUUCUGUGUCCAGUGANCAGAAAGAAGCUGUUAAAUCACUGACCUCUCUAAAGCCACCAGUGGAACUACAUGAGCCAAGCACAUUUCAGUGUUACAGAAAGAUGAUCCAUUCCUCAAAGAUGAACAGUGAGGUGAAGGAUGAAAGGAGCAUCCAUCAAAGUGAGAAGACUUGUAGUCCUCAGAAAGCUGUCUGCCUGGAACACACUGAUGUUCCAUCUUUAAGGGAUGAUGGGACGAUGACCCCUCCACGAAAAGAGACGAAAAGUGAAUCCGUUGAGCCAGAAACUGUUCAGACUGCUUUAGGAAUCGGCAAAGUGUUGCAUGGAAGUAGCAAAGAGAGCACCGAUGUGAAAGAUGGCACAAAAAGUCCUGAAACUACGCAGACGACACAAAAAGAUGGAUUGGGCUCAUUCUCGUCUGUGACUGACAAAGAAACAGACUCCAACAUGGACACAGAUGAUGUAGUUCAUGCAGAUGAAUCCAAAGAUCGGGAAAAUUGUGAAGUGAAAGAAGAUGCAUCCCAUGAAGGCAAUGCAGAUACUUCUCUUGAAGUGAUUCACACAAGGGACGAUUCUGCCAACAAAGAAUCCAAUAUUGUCUGCAAUGGACAUUGUUCAGACAAUGAGGAGCCGUCGUUAAAGGAGAAACCCAAAGCAGUCUCACCAGACCGGCCUGAAAAUGGUAAUGGAGAUAAGGAUUGUGAAGGUAAAGUAAUGAAAGAUGAAGAUGGCUUGAGAGAAGAAGAUGGGCUUGUUGAGAAAAACAGUCGCAUUUCAGCUGUGGAUGCUGACAAAGACUUGAGUGAUCAGCCAUUACCAGUGAUGUCUGAUGAAUCAGAUCUAGUGAACACGGACUGCAUAACAGAGGGUAAUCAUCAAGAACAACUGGAUGAGCAACCACCUCUAGCAGACAGUGUACAAGUUGUCUGCCAUGACUCACUGUUGAAGAUGCCAUGCGCAAGUGACAUUGCAUUGACAGAUGAACGUGCCAUUUCAGAAAAAGCCAGUCACACUCCAUCAGAAAUGAAACCCAUUAAUAAUGAUCCAGCAGCUGAGAAACAUUCAGAAACUGCAUUACCCAUGUCUGAUGAGGGCACAAGUUCAUUAGAUGGGUCUUCUGCUGGUUUGUCUGUUCCCCGGGAAAAGGGCAGUGUGGAAAUGGAAAACCAAAACACUGAAAUAUCUCACUUCAGUUUUGCUUUAUGUUGUAAUGCUCAAGGUGACCAUGGAAGCAAGUCAACUGAGGGAGAGGAAAAGGUUGAGAACACAUCUCAGAAAGAAUCAUUUCAACACCAGUCUCACUUACCUCAAAUUCUAAAAAUGUGUGAGACAGAAGUGGAUUUUACUGAAGAAGCAGAUCUCCAAAUAUAUAAAACAAACGAGGGCUUGGACAAAAGUUGCAGCGGGGUUUAUAUUCCAUUUAUUGGAAUAGCAACCUCUGGAGAUGAUAUCAUGCAAUCACAUGACUCACACCCACAAGACAAGAUUCAAGACGUUUUUUCAAGACAGGAAAAAAUACCAUUUAUCUGUGAAACUACCUUCCCUGAAGCUGUUCUGCCCAGUGAGGUGUGCAGUACGCCUAAAAUUAAAGUAGAACUGCCUCCUUGCAAAUUAUCGAUUCGUAAUGCAGGUGAAACCAACCAGCUAUUAAUCUCAAAAAGUGAGUCUAAUAGCAGGUGUCCUACUCCAACUAUGGAUGAACAACCACUUGGGUACAUACCUUUUUGUACCCCUAGCCGUAGCACUUCUGCUGUAAGUGGUUAUGAAACCUGCAAAAACAUUACUCAGAAAGCUCCUGGCAGGCGUUCAACGCCUAGAAAUGACGCACCGCCUUUUACGCAGUACCUGUGUCACACUUCUACCGUUAAAAGUGAUCCCAACCCUCAUCAUGAUCGUCAUCCUGAUCUUGAACUAAGGACUCUAAGAGUUCUACAAAGUAUAGACAAGUUCCUCUCCAAAUCGAACCUCACUGGCAAAUCUAGACCGAUCAAAACAGUUGACAUACCAGAGUCUGUUGACCCAACCCCAAACCACCACAGCAAGUGCAUCCCCACUGGCCAAUCCCUAAGCCACACCUCAGCUGACUUUAAAAACAAGAAAAUAAGCAACGAAAAGCCAGCAACCUCUAACAGGCAGGAUCCGCAUGCAGCAUUAUCAGAUUGCUUUCAUAGACCACCUUUUGAAAAUGCAUUAGAGGCAAUACAUGCUAGGUUGCAGCUGGAUAAAACAGAGUCAUGUAACUAUUUUGAAAGACCUGAUAAGCAAGAAUCCCCUGCAGGACAAGAUUAUUGUCAUUCCCACACAUCUUCUCCUUCUACUGAGCAAGUGAUGAAACCAAACAUAGACCAAGAUAGGCUUAAAGCAGCAACUCAUGAGCCCCGCCCAUACAGUCAGCGUCCUGUCAUGGCUGUGAAACCAUCAAAGACCGAGGAGAGUCAAGCAGGUUCCUCAUCUAAAGAUGUGCACAUUGAAAACGCUGCCAAAAAUAAACAGACUACAACCGCUGUAUUCGAAUACGCCUCAACAAUUUCCAAGCUCUUGGAAACGAAGAGAAAAGCAACCUCAAGGGGGAAUUCUAAAAGACUACAUGAUGAUAAGCAUGAAACCAGUGAGCUGUCUUCCCAAAGUACUUGGCAACCAAAUGUUAGUCACAGUAAACCUAACUCAGUUGAAGUUAAAUUUGCCUAUCUAGAUCCUUCACAUCAGCACCAGGGAAGGGACGUCUCCAAAUUCACCGCGAUUCCAUCUUCAUCUCUAGCAUCCGCAAAAACUUCCCCUAAACUUGUUGAGGUGAACCAAGGUUUCUUCACCUAUAGUUCAGCUGAGAAAGUUGACCGAGCAACAAAAAAGAAGAUUGAGAUGCAUCAGAUCGACUUCUCAGACCCAUCAGCUUCAUUUAUGGGUCCUAAAAAUAAUAGCAUAAUAGAUGACAGUCUCGCCUUGGGUCCUGAAAGCUCACUCGUAUGCACAGUCUUUAACACCAGCCAGAAGGAAUCUUCCACUUUUCUGGAGCAACUUUCUCAGAGGUGCCUUCAAGAUGACCUCACUCGCACAUCAGUGGAACAAGAGUGCCUCAUCUUCUCAGAAAAAAUGAAACAGCUUUUGAAAAAGAGUAACAAGGAAGCCAUCUGCCAACAGGACACUCAUGACAGUUUGAGGGUGUCUUGCACUAGUCCUGUGACGGUCCAUUUUUCCAGUCUAGAGGAAGAGGACGAUUUUCUGGAUCACUUGGACACGUCAAUUGUUGGACAGAAAAUUAAGGUGGACAUGUCUGACAGGAACGACCUGCCGGACACCAUGGAGGAAGAAAGGACUUUGCAUCCUGGAGAAUUACCUCAGGGAACAAGCAACCCAAUGGAAAGUGCCUGGGUUUCUGGCAUCACUGCAGAAUGUGCCCGGCAGUAUGAAGCUACAAUGCAAGACAUUUGUGCUGUCGACAAGGUCCAGUCCAAACCGAAAGGCUGCAGAAUGGAUCGAGAUAAGACUGAACCAAGUAACCAUUUUGACUUUUGCAAUCAAAUGAAGAGAGAAAUGGAUGAGGCCUUUCGGAGUAGUCUGAAUUCAGUCGUGAAGAAGUCCUGUAAAACAAAGUACAGAUUCUACAUACUGGUGACGUCAGACGAUGUCUUCUUUGAAGAAACCAAGGCACAUUUAGAGGCUGAGGGCCACACUGCUGUGCAGCCGUCUGAAUUCUUCCUCUGUGAAGAAAGUUCUUCAUCGCUGCUCAUCAUCCUCAGGAAUGAAGACAUUGCCGAGCACAUUUGCGAGGUCCCUCGUUUGCUUGAGCUGAAGAAGUCACAGGGCGUGAUGUUUGCUGGAAUUGAUGAACCAGAUGAUGUUGUAAAUCUCACCCAUCAGGAGCUCUUCACACGGGGUGGUUUCAUCAUGUUUGACGGAGCAACCCUGGAGCAUCUCAGUCUGUGCAACAUGAAAAAAUUGUCUGAAGUCUUGCAAGAACUAAGCAGCACAGGGAAGUGGAAAUGGAUGCUGCACUACAGAGACAGUCGUCGACUAAAAGAAAAUGCAAGGUUGAGUGCGGAGGCAAAGGAGAAGAAGGACUUCCUAAACUGGGGCCAGGACACAGGAAUACUGGAGGUGUUGCCUUACCAUGAGUGUGACCUGAUGUCAAGAGAUCAGCCCGACUAUCUCACAUGUUUGGUCCGCUUGCAGGUCCAGAAUAUAUCAUCUCGUUACCCUGUUUUUAUCACCGAUACAACAACAGACAGCGCCUUUGAGAGGAAUGGGAUUUUAACAGUGACUUUGAACUCGUUCCUGACAAAGUCUCCAAGUGAAACAUUUGCUGUCUGACCCACGACAUAAGUCAGAUGGAUGAAACGAACUGAAGUUGUGAACAUUUUAGUGCCCAACAAUCAAAAAGGGACUGAAUGUGAAAAGAAAACAGUCAGUUACCAGUCAAGGUUAUUUAAAACAAACUACAGCUAUUACAAAUGCUCAGCACACCUAACAGUUGAGUUUUUUUGUAAGCAACGAAAAAUAUUUGUUGCUUUACAGUUCGUUUGUUUUAGUUCUUCUUCAUUCAGUUAAUGGAUAGAGUGGCAAUAAUACAAAGAUGCCGGCAGCUGUGCUGUAAUAAUACAGUUUAUAUUGUAUUUUUAUUGUAAAUUGUAUGGUAAGCCUGUUAAAAAGUGAUUUUUACAUUAAUAUUUUAUCUUUUGACUUCCGAUCCCGACUUUAUACAUUUUGCAGAACAAUCAACGUUUUGUUUGUUUAAUGUAUUCAUGUUUGUUUAUGAUUUUUUUUUGUUGAAAAGAUUUUGUUUCAGGCAAGAACUCAAUUGUAAUACUCCAGGUCUAGUGCUGUGUUACAUAUUUAAAGUAUACUACUGUACAGUGAUUCUCAUCGGACACAACAAAUUAACAUUAUUCUUAAACGCUAAAUAUAUUUAGUUUUGAUGAUUGUUCAUUCUGUACAGGUUGAUGACUGAAAAUAAAAAAAGGUUUCACUGAA